UUAGAAUUCUUAUCUUUAUUCUAAAUUCUUUUGGUCUUCAUCCUUACAACCUUAGAACUGGAUGGUCGCUCUAGAUUGUCCAUUCCAUCUGGAGGAGCUACGUAUGGCUUUGGUUCAACACAAUUAGGAUCACAAUUUUUCGGAUUACACUUUUCGAGUGGUGUACUAGCUGCCUUACUUUUCCUUUCUUGUCAAAUUCCACUUCUUCGUUCAGACAAAUCUUUUUCACAGAAUCGACAACUAUAUCCCGACUCACGCGUCAACUUGGAGGCAUCUCAUGCCAACUUGAGGUAUUCAGGCAACAAGCCAUAAGAAAUUUCACAAUUUUCACGGAAAUCACAAUAUCUUGCUAUUAGACACACCAAUGUCUCGGUUUAAGAUUGAAUCUUUCUUUUCUGAUGGGGAUAAAGGAGAAAAGAUAAAGAAGAGUAAAAAGAUUAAAAAUAUUUUAAUGUCAAACUGAACAGAACUGAAAUGAAUACAUCACCAAUCCGACACGGUGCUGCAAAAUGAACUCGCUCAAUUCAAGAGCGCCUACUCAUGACUCAUGGACCAUUGUUUAUGCUCAACUUGAGCUUUUUAUCGACCGGUUUAGCAAAAUUUACCGAACGCUGAAAGUGAAUCACACAAUUUCAAAUUUUCAUAAAAAAUUCUCUUUUAAUCGAUUUCGAUUUUUACAAUUUUUUUAGCUCUGAGUUGACUAUGAGUUUCUGAUCUCGGUCGUCAUGACGCGAUAAGAGACAUUAUGGAUAAUGCUUGAGACAUACACGCGGCUAUGGUAAUUGUACAUUUGUACAAAUGUUUUUGAAUUUAAAAACAAUGCAUUGGAGUCAUAACAAGUCUACUAUUUGUAUAACAAUUAUAUAAAAGACUCAAGUUACAAAAUGGUUAAAUUGUUACUUUUAAUUGUGAUGAACUUGCAUUUGAAGUUUGACUUAACAUUCAUUUCAAUCAAAUAAUCCUACAUAUCAGCUUGAAAUGAUUUAUUUUUUUUACAUAACUUUUUAUAUUUCAAUUUUUCAUAAAUGUUGUGGAGUGACCGUUGAAAAAGCAGGUCCAGCAUCGGUUGAAUCAACCAAUCCAACUGUUGCUGAAAAACAAGCAUUUCUUCAGUUGUUUGGUAAUGGCGAUCCAGAUGAAGCAGCAAGUUGUGGUCAACUCAUUGAAUCUCGAGGCUUUCAAUAUGAGCGUUAUUAUGUGACAACAGAAGAUGGUUAUAUCCUUCAAAAUUUCCGAAUCAUCAAUCCUUAUGCAAGAGAAGCUCGAAAUACUCUUAAACCUGUCUUACUAGUGCAUCCAAUUUUGGCAUCGUGUGCAUCCUGGUUGUUCAAUUCACCCGGUGGACACAUAAAGCCAUGGAUCAACUGUAAUCCACCAAAUGACACUUCAGCCUCACUUGGAUUCCUUUUGGCCAACUUGGGUUAUGAUGUUUGGUUGAUUAAUGCUCGCGGAACAUCUUAUUCAACUAAUCACACACAUCUUGAUCCUGAAGAUCCUGUAUUUUGGGAUUACAGUUUCUACGAAAUUGGAAUUUACGAUGUUACAUCAACAGUUGAACACAUUAAAAAUGAAACUGGAUUCGAAAAGAUAACUGUAGUCGCUUAUUCACAAGGAUCAAUUCAAAUGAUUACUCAAAUGUCUCUGAUGCCAUGGUUUCAAGAUAAUUACGAUAUCGUCAUUCUAGCUGCACCGGCUGGGUUUGUUGGUGAAUACGGUUUUUUUGCUUCAAUACCGAAUAAGCCUGCACAAGAAUUUUUUAGUUCGAGCAAUGGACCCUAUCCGAGCAAUUCAGCCUUUUUUUAUUCUUCACUUUCUGCAUUGUGUGUGAACCAAUUAGCCAGUCCCAUUUGCGUAACAUUUUUCGGGAAUCUAGGUUUUGAUCGAAAUCAGUUUAACGCAUCAAGACUUAGUGUUUAUAUAAGCCUACGUGACCGAAGCUCGAAAAAAAAUUUACUCCACAUCUUCCAAUCCGUUGAAAGAGAUCACUUGAGUUUCUUUGAUUAUGGUGAAGUUAAGAAUUACGCUUUAUAUGGCUCGGCUGAGCCUCCAGAGUUUCCUUAUUACAAUAUUAAUCCAAAUAAAUUGAUAUUCAUGAGUGGCUUGAAUGACCAGGUUAUAGAUCAACGAAACGUCCAAAAAUUUAGAAAUUCACUCUGUGACCGAGUUGACACUGAUCAUAUAAUUCAAGAUCCUUAUUGGAAGCAUAGUUUUUUAGCAGCUAAUGAAGCUUAUGCAUAUUUUGGUAGCGUUGUGGCUGAUCUAAUCAGGGAACGUGGCGAUUCGACAGAAUGCAGGCUAAAUCUAUCUGGAAAUUAGAUUUCCAAAGAUAUAAUAAGGACUCAACUUUUUUCCAUUUUUACUUUCCAUACGUUAUGUGAAUUACAGUGAUAAAACAUUGCGAUAGUAAUUUCAUAGAAAUACAGGGUCCGCCACAAAACAUGUCAGCCUGUAUUUUUUGAAUAACUUUUUUAUUUUUUCGUCAAUCAAGCUCAUUCUCACAGAAAAUAAUCUUGAAUAAAGGGGAAACAAAGAUAUGGACCGGUCAAAUUUUUCGGGUAUCGCAGGUCAAAAUGGCGACUGCGCAAAAAAAAGUCAUUUUCAGACCCAAUGUUAUUCAAUGAGGCUUUCAUAGACAGAUUUCUGAGAUACUAUGCACAUUUUUCAGUCCAGAAUAACUCCAUAGGGCUUUUCUUGCCCCUGGCACCUAUUGAGUAGCAAAAUAAUACUGCUCCAUCCCAUCAAUGCUUUAUGCUUCAAUUUGCUCGAAUUCACGCAUGAUGAAGUGUCCUAUUCAAUCGGCUAUAAAUUGCUUUUAUCAGAACGCAAUGACAAAAUUAUUUCAGAACAUUGGCAAGUGACUAACAAAGUUUGUAAAACAGUGCAAAAAAGCUAAAAAUAUCUGUACAGUCGAAAAAGAUAGAACAAAAACCCGUACGACGCCCGAAAAUUGUACCUUCAUUUCGCGCAGGCGCAAUUUUGACCUGCGAUACCCGAAAAAUUUGACCGGUCCAUAUCUUUGUUUCCCCUUUAUUCAAGAUUAUUUUCUGUGAGAAUGAGCUUGAUUGACGAAAAAAUAAAAAAGUUAUUCAAAAAAUACAGGCUGACAUGUAUUGUGGCGGACCCUGUAUUAUCAA